UCCCGGCUGGGCUGCGGGUGCCACGCACUGUUCGGUUGGCCAGAUCGGCUCUCAGGUCUGAUACCAAGCGGUUCCCAGGAUGAAGGGGACCUGGAGCAGGGAAGGAUGAAGCUGAGACACAGAGUGUCGGUUUGGUGCCUCUGCUGUUUUGUCCCCACCACCCUCGUGAAGGAUAGGUCUCAACUGUGAUCCAAACUAGUUAAGGACUUUUGAAAGACGUUUCUCCUUUUCUCUGGACAGGACCAGGAGACAAAAUGACUUCCCAGUUGCACACGUCAAGGAGUUCUGGAGAUGAAGGGAAAGAUGCUGAACUCAAAAAGGAAAGACCCUACAAGAUCUUUUUCAAAGAUCUCUUCCUUUUCAAAGAAAAUGAAAUUGAUGCAAGGAAAAAGGAAAGAAUGAGGAACCACAGCAUGAAAAUCUACCAAAAGACUACAUUUUCGUCCCGAAUGAAGAGUCGCUCACACCUUGGCCAGCUAGCUUUCUUUGCUGAAGCAGGUGGCAGCUCUUAUGAACGUUUGGGGCUAGAUCCCACUCUUAUUCUCAGACUGACAGAAGGUGCGGACAGGAAGAGGACCGUCCAUGAGUUUAUUAAUGACCAAAGAGACAGAUUUCUACUUGAGUAUGCAGUGUCAACCAAGAAGAACACAAUCAAAAGGUUUGAAAGACUCAUAGCCAUGAAAGAAAAUCAACUCAAAAAAGCUGAGAAAAAGCUCCAAGACGAUGCAAUGUCCUUUGAAGAGUUCCUGCGAGAGAAUGACCAGAGAUCUGUAGAUGCUCUCAAAAUGGCAGCACAAGAAACAAUAAACAAACUCCAAAUGACGUCAGAGCUCAAGAAAGCAAGCAUGGAAGUUCAAUCAAUAAAGAGUGAAAUAGCGAAAACAGAGUUCCUCCUCAAGGAGUACAUGAAAUAUGGAUUUUUCCUGCUGAAGUUGUCUCCAAAACAAUGGCAAUUACAACAAUCGCAAAAAAGGGCCCAGUCAUCCAAAAGUAACCAUAUCCUUCCAAAAAUCUUGGAAAAAUUCUCAAUAAGUACGUCUAAAAAAGAUAACAGCACUGACUCGGACAGGAUGUCGCUUUCAGAAGAUCGAAGUUCAAAGAAAGGAAGCCAAGGAGGAAGACAUAGGAAAUCUACUUUGGGCCAUGACUCUAGGAAGUCAUCUGUGUUUGGCCGACCUGAAAGCAUGGCUUCAGAGGACAGUUUGGAAUACUUUUUAGAGGACGAGAUCGUGGAGUUUGAUCUGCUGCCAGAGAUUUAUUUCAAGGAGCCAGAGGAGUUACUGCAGGUCCUCACGGAGCUGGAAGAGCAGAAUCUCACGUUGGUCCAGUAUUCUCAAGAUGUGGAUGAGAAUCUCGAAGAUGUCAACAAAAGAGAGAAAUUUAUACAGGAUAAGAUAAACAACAGCAUCACCUUCCUGCUGGAGCAUAAGCACAUGCUUAGGGUGAACUGUGAACGAGAGGAGGAGAAGGCAGCGGAGCUGGAGCUGAGGUCCAGGCUCUUCAGUUUUGGACAAUUCAAUUCCGAUGCUCAGCAGAGGCAGGCAACCCUGAGGCAGGAAACUUCAUGGAAAUCGAUUUACUUUGCUGAGAAGUUUAUUGAGUUCCUCUUGGUGAAUAUCAGACAGCCAGUGGUGAAAACGGAUGCUCCCUUUCGUCUCCCGAAAUACAUUAUCUACCAGCUCAAGAGACUGCAAAAUCAAGUAAAACAUCGAAGUGGCGAGGACAAGCUAAUAGACUCACUUAGUAGAAAGAUUAAUCAAGUGUACAAAGUCUGCAUCGGAGAUGCUGAGGUUGGCGGCUUGAAUGCAAUUCAAAAACUGGUCAAAGUAGAGUCUCGCCUGGUGGAGCUGAGUGAUCUCAUUGAAUCUAUUCCCAAAGAAAGCGUGGAAGCGAUCGAAAGGAUCAAACAGAAGGAGCGACGGCAAAAGCUGCGUGAAGAGAAGCUGAAAGAGAAGCAGAGACACCAGGAGGAGCGCCUAAAAGCUGCUCUGCAAAGAGCGGUGGCCCAGCCCAAGAAGAAGUUGGGAAGACGACUUAUCUACCGUUCGAAACCUCAAUCUGCUAACAAGCGAGAGCUCCUUCUAGUCGGUGAUACAAGAUCAAAAUUACUGGAGGAAGAGUAUUUUUUUAGUUGAACAGGACUAUGAAGAUACUUUCUUAGCAAAUGUUUUAUGUGGAUGUUGGCUUUCAGUGAUGCAAUACUCUCCUAACAAAUUCCAGGAACGCAGUAGACCUUUAUCUCGAAGCUUACAGGAGUAGGAAUAGCAACUGUUUUCUGUCGGAACUCUUUAUUACUCAUUAGUACUAUUCCAUGAGCUAAACAAUAUUGUACUUUAGGUUGUCCCUGUUGCAGACAUAUAUCCAAAGUCAAUUUAUUGAUAUAACAUGAAGGGGGACUUACAGUAAAAUGGCCUCCCUCAAAGUAUGAGAAUUUUAAUCACAUUUUCUAAAGCAAUAAGGAAGUUCACAGCUUUGAAAUAUACAUUUUUAAAAUGUAUUAUUCUUAAGACAACUGGACAGGCUUAAAACUUAAAAACUAUGGUCUCAGAACAAUCAUGAGGCUGGUUUUAUUUCACAUUAAGCUCUGAAAACUUUAUAAGAAAACUUUUAAGUAAACAAAACCAUACACCUUCAGCCUAAAUAUCAAUUUGUAUUAUGCUCUACCUCCAUAAUUAUUUCAAUUUUCAUGUUUUGACUUAGCUAUAAUAUAAGCAUUAUUUAGUCUAUAUCAAUAUAGAAACAAUUUAUUAAUACAAUUAUAUAUUAAUACUAAGAAAAUGUUUAACUUUAUGCAUGUUAAAAGUGGUUUGGAAAUCUUAAACAGCACAGCUGCUUUUAAGAGGUCUCAUUUAAUAUAAUUACAAGGGCUGAAACUCAUCCUAAGAAAGAUUCUAAAGCACAGAAUCAUCCUUUAUAGAAAAAAAUAAACCAGCAGUGGGAUUACAAAAAGAAUGAAUGAAACUGGGUGGUUUUUAAAACAUUAAGUUCUAAGAAUUAACCAUCCACUGUCUCAACAUUUGCACUUAGCACAUGUCUGCAUAUAAAUAGUCCACAAGUCAAGUUGAAAAAAACCCAAAUCUUUAUUGUAUAGAAAUACAUAUAUAUAAAAAAAAAAUCCCCCAAGAUGCUAUUCUCUCAUUUCCCCAUCUUCUUCCUCCUCUUCAACCCCUCUGAUGUAGAGAACAUUAUUACACCUGUAACAGAAAACACAAUCCAUUCUGAGUUGCACUCAGCACCCACGCACCAUCGAUCAAAUCAGCACUGCUCCAUCAUCAGAUGGGACAGUGAGCUCACAGCUUGCCAUCUUCUUGUUAGUCCUAUACAAAUGUUUUAAAAGCACACUGCACAUAUUUUUACCACCAUCAUCACAAUUCAUCUCUGCGACUUAGAAUAUAGGUUGUUGCUGAUACCAGACAGUGAGUACAACAGAAUCCUUAGCAGCCGGAAUCAACUAAAAUUCAAAUCUAAGUCCCUGUAACCCAGGACACUGAACAACAGGUUACAGCUGAAAGCCAGGAAAUGUAGAUCAACAGUAGGAAAACCUCAAACAUAAACUGAAAUCUCCCAACAUGUUAGUAAUUUCAAAGGCUUCUGAAGUCUAGUUGUAGAGUACUGUUAAAUGUUAAAAAGACUAAUAUAUUUUAGCAGAUAUUUCUGAGGUUAGUAACUCCUUUCACGCAUACAAAUAAGUUUGUUACCUUAUUAGAACUUCACCCAGAUGUCCAGACAAUGCUCCAUCUAUGUAUUCUUCUGUAUUUGCAAGCUUUAAACAAAAAGAAGAUAUUAGUAUAACUGCACAGGAGGAAAGAGUGCAGCACCCCUACUUGGUGAGAACCCAGUAACUGAGGCUACUUGAUAUCAACAACUCAAGCUAUAUCAGUAAGCAGUAAUUAUAAGAUUAGCUUUCUAUCACUCUUUGGGUUUCAUAUAUUAAGACAUGCAUGGGUAUAGAACUAAUAUAUAAUAAAGCUGUUUCAAA